ACACACACAGUAAUGAACACAUGUUGUACUCCUCAGACCUCAGCGCAGGUUUGAUCCUGACACACACUCUCAGCUUUUCGCUUUUGUUCUUUUUCUUUUGAGACUGUUCCUCUGUACUUUUUGGGACCGUCUUGGUUUCUCUCCCCGGGUUUCCCCAAAUCGGUUCUCUCUCCUGGGUUCUGUUGUCUCUCUCUAGAGAACUUUUCCACACUUUUCUGUCUUUUUCUCCUGCGUGGUGUCUCUGCUCCUGGCUAUGCACCAUGUUGUCCUCUCCUGCGGUCAUCCUGCAGCCGUAUGGUCUCCCCGUGUACCCACAAACCUCCUGCUACCCCAGCCUUGUGCAGGGUGCUCCUGCUCAGGAGGCGGGGCCAGGGAGCAGUGACCCUGCCCUUACCCAGGUCUACGCCGCACCCCCUUCGUAUCCACCACCCGGACAGGCCCCGCCCACACCCGCAGCCAGACUCCCGCCUCUUGAUUUUAGCUCCGCCCACUCCAGCUCUGAUUACCCAGACCACCAUCAGCUCCGAGUGUAUCAGAGCGCUCAGCACGAGGGGGCGGAGCCUAUACCUGCCAAUAACACGGACGAAGGUCUGGCCCCAGUGACCUCUGACCCCCAGCCUCUGAACGUCCCCCUGGCGACGGGGGGAGCAGGAAGUGGCAGCGAGGAAGAGGGGUCUGGGAAAGCCCAACCCAAACGCCUUCAUGUCUCCAAUAUUCCCUUCAGAUUCCGUGAUCCUGACCUGAGACAGAUGUUCGGGCAAUUUGGCAAAAUCCUGGACGUAGAGAUCAUCUUCAAUGAGAGAGGGUCAAAGGGUUUUGGCUUCGUGACGUUUGAGAACGCGGCAGAAGCCGAUCGAGCCCGAGAGAAACUCAACGGGACGAUCGUGGAGGGGAGAAAGAUCGAGGUGAACAACGCCACGGCCAGGGUGGUGACGAAGAAACCGCAGACUCCGAUCGUUAACGCUGCAGGAUGGAAGAUUAACCCCAUGAUGGGAGCCAUGUACGCUCCAGAACUCUACACCGUUGCCAGCUUUCCUUAUCCCGUUCCCACGGCAACACUGGCUUACAGAGGCUCCGCCCUGAGGGGGCGUGGUCGAGCGGUGUAUAAUACCAUCCGCUCGGCGGCGGCGGCAGCGGCCACGCCCACUGCUGUUCCGGCCUAUCCAGGGGUGGUCUAUCAGGAUGGACUAUACGGAACUGAAGUCUAUGGAGGAUAUCCUGCUGCUUACAGAGUGGCUCAGUCCCCUUCAGCCACAGCUACGGCCACGUACAGUGAUGGUUACGGGAGACUGUACACCACCGACCCCUACCAUCACUCCGUAGGUCCGACCACCACAUACGGAGUCAGCACUAUGGCCAGUCUGUAUCGAGGAGGCUACAACCGCUUCACCCCAUACUGACCUCCGUACUGACCCCACACUAAUUUCCUGGAUGAUCAACUGGGCGGAGCUUCACUCAGCCAAUGAACUGAAGAGCCUGAAAGAAGCCACACCCACACUGACCUCAUACAUGGUGCUCACAAUGCUCACAGUGUCGUAGUUAGCGUUACGCUAAUAAGAGUUAAAUACUGCUGGCUGGUUAGUCUCACCGUUUUAUUAUUAUUAUUAUUAUUAUUAUUAUUAUUAUUAUUAUUAUUAUUACUUUUCUUACGAUUAGCAACACCAGCGGUACGCUAACACGCUAAUGACCCCGCCCGGCUCCUGCGCGUGUUGAUCAGGAACGUGUGUGUGAUUACGGUGUGCUGUUCGCAGGUACGUGCUGAUAUGUUCGUACACUAAUCUACGAUAUUAUUACGAUAAAAAAAACGUCUGCAUUUAGCUCUUCGAGGAACAGAAUUAUAUUUGAAACAGUGACGAGACAGAUGUCACGGAAGUGGGCGGAGCUUAAGUAAAACUUAAGUGAAAGCAGCCAGUCGAAGGAGUUCAAACGGCAUCGGCUUAACAGUCCGUGUAAUUACACAAAAUAACACUACAGCUAAGCUUGUGAUUGGCUGGGCAAGUGUGAGUUAAGCUCCGCCCACCACAGUAUCGAGUGCUAAACAUCACAGGAUGUCGUAGAAGUGAUUAUCAGUACGUACCUAGCGCUUAGUGAAUAUAUGAAUUAUUUUUGUAGAUCAUUGUAAUAUUGAUGUGCAGUGCAGUGCAGUGUGUGUGUGUGUGUGUGUGUAAGUUACAGUACGAUGCUAAACUGUGAGCUUCACUGAAGAGUGCGCAGGUGCAGGUGACUCAGUGUUUCUUCCUCCUCACUGUGUGUGUGUGUGUGUGUGUGUGUGUUCUACCUCAGUGCUGAUGUUCCUCAGGGGUGUGACGAUAUAAAUCAGUAUCACGAUACGCCGAUCUGCUACACAGAUAUCGUUAGCAUGAUGACGCACUGGACACUCCACUCUGAGCUGGAUGUGAUGUUGUGAUACUGAUAUCGGGUGCUGGAUAAUGAUAUUGAUAAUGAGUAUUUAUUAAUCACGUAUACAUUACAGUACAGUGAAAUUCUUUUCUUCACAUAUCCCAGCAUGUUAGGAAGUUGGGGUCAGAGUGCAGGGUCAGCCAUGAUACAGCGCCCCCUGGAGCAGAGAGGGUUAAGGGCCUUGCUCAAGGGCCCAACAGUGGCAGCUUGGCCUCGCUGGGGUUUGAACCCCAGUAUCCGAGUAAAGUAUCCGAUCAGUAACCCAGAGCCUUAACCAUCAAGCCACCACUGCACCACUGGAUGUUUACUGUAACGUGAAAGUAUCGUAUCAUAUCAUAUCGUAUCGUAUCGUCGCAGCCCUGAACUCUCAGAAUCACUGUUUAUGUUUUAGAGAAACUCUUCAAACUUUUGUUUGUUUACUGGAUAAAUCUCACAAGCACACGGCUAAACUUACUCACAACUUACACACUCUGCUUACACACACACACACACUCAAUGCACACAGAUACCACACACAUACACACUCCACACACACAAACACCAGACGUACACACUCCAUACACACAAACAUCACACAUACACACUCCACACACACAAACACCACACAUACACACUCCACACACACAAACACCACACAUACACACUCCACACACACACAAACACCACACAUACACACUCCACACACUCUUCAAGUGCACUUUGAACUGAGGCUCCGUCUCAAAUCCUUCAUUUUGUUCUUCCACUAUACAGUAUUUAAGAGCUUGUGUAUUAAAAAUAUGAUGACCCCACCCCUCUGUUGGCCACGCCCAUUCGAGUGCCCCAUUAUGCUUCCACUAUGCGUCCAACACCAGUUCAAUUUCUGGUUGGUUCUAAAAGAAAAGAAAAAAAAAAAAAAGCAGUCUCGCUUAUGUGCAGUAUGUAAAACACUCUCUCUGGGAAGUAAUCAAUCCCAUGAUGCACUGCAGAGCCGUCUCUUUAACUGCAUAUUAUUAUUAUUAUUAUUAUUAUUCACACACGGUGUGAUUACUUUUAAAAUCCUGAGCCCCAAAACAGCAUUAAGUGUGUGUGUGUGUGUGUGUGAGACCUGUCCUCUAUGAUUUAUCCUCCUUUUUUCACUUCUUUCUUUUCUAAUGAGCCUUUGAACUCGUCUGUCUGUUUUUUUAAACAGUUGUCUAAUUUAUUUAUUAAUCACUUUUUUCUCUUCCUCCUUUUUUCUGUCAUUUGUGCUGAAAUCUCUCUCUCUCUCUCCAUUCCUCCGUCUGCUGCUGUCCUUCCUUUUGUUCUCUGUUCCUCUUUCCCAUCUGCACGUGGCGUGACGUGAGACGUCCCUGUGAAAGACUGAGUGACCGUUGUGUGUUAUAGCAGGUUAUAAGGAGCGGUGUGUAAUAUUCGGCACGCGGCUGUGUCCCAAACGCUGUAAGAGAAGUGCACUUAACCCCAUAAUGUUCCCUCGUUCCACUCCUUCAGCGCUCUCGCUCUCGCCACACGCUUAUAUCAACAUUAUUCCUUCUUUCAUUCUUUCUAAACUACCUUAGUGAUCUCUCCAUCUGUUCUUUCCUCUCAUGAUCUGACCUGUGCAUCUAUCCGUUCUCUGUCCUCUUUUUCCUUCUGUCACUAUUGUGUUCUUCUCUCUUUCUUUAUUCUCUCACUCCAUCUCCUAAAAUGCUUUAGCACUCACUCUAUUUUAUUAUUUUUAUUUCCUUUCUUUUCUUUGCAUGAUGUGAUCUGUACAUCUAUCUGUCCUCUUUUUCUUUCGUACAUUCUGUUUUCUUUCCUCUCGUCCUUUGUCAUCUGAUGCAUGUCUUCUUCCUUCCGUUUCUCUUGUUUUUAAACUCCUUUCUGAUCCAUGAGUUCUUCUGCUGUUCUUUUCUCUGCUCAGGUCGUCCUUUCAGCUUUUCCACUUUGUUCAGAUCUCUCUAUAUACACUUCUACUCUCUCUCUCUCUCUCUCUCUCUCUCUCUCUCUCUCUCUCUCUCUCUCAUGUUUAUAUUUACACGUUACACACACACACUCAGUUUAUCUGUAAAUAAAGCAAAAGAAACAGUGAGUAAAGCUUGCACUUUUGAUAUUCGUGUUCAUUUGUAAAUUCCCCAGCUCCUGAUUUCACUCAUCUCUCUCUCACCGCUCCCACCGCUCUCCCCUUUCUCUCACCGCUCUCCCCUUUCUCUCACCGCUCUCUCCAUUUCUCUCAUCACUCUCUCGCCACUCUCACGCCUCUUUCCUCAGCUCUAUCAUUUUCUUUUGAUCGUUCAUUCUUUCUUGCUUUCAGUCUUUCCUUUCACUUUCAAGUCUGACUAAUAAUCUCUUCCUUUCUUCUUUUCUUACUCUUCUGUGUGUACUUUUUAUCUGUUAAAUCCAUCAAUUUCUCUCUCUUCUCCUCCUCCUUCGUGUUUCAAUCUCUCCUUAAUCUUUCCUUUCUUUCUCUUCCUAUCCCGCGGCUUUACGGACUGAGCUUUCACUCUUAUCAUCUACAGCUUUUCAUCCUUCCUCAUUUUCUUUCUGAUGCUACUGUGUUUUCUCUCUACCACGCAGUCCCUCUCUCUGUCUUUCUUUCUUCUGUACUUCUACUUUAUUCUCUCAGUCCCUCCAGGAUUUCACGAUCGCAGUAACGAACGUAAAAUCAAGGAAAUGCCGCGAUCUUCGGACGAGCUGCGAUUUUUAAAAAAUGACCUCAGAUCCGGGCCGAGACACGUCACGUGACGUCAUGACACGCAUUCAGCCAGAGCGCUCUUCCAUUCACGUGCGUCGAACACGAGUACAGCGAGACGGUCUCGUUUACCAGCAGACAUCACUGCGAAAGCGUGCAGGACUUUUUCAUGCGACUGCGAUUUCAGCAGUUCCACGAGUUCUCUGCAAAAAAGCACAAAAAAACUCCACAAGCUGCAUCACAGAUUUUUGAAAAAAGCCGCAACAGAAUCAAAUUUUUUUUUUUUUACCGAAACGAUCACGAAAACCUCCCCGAGACCCCGCACACACCGAAUUCCUUCUCUCUUUCUUUUCUUUCAUUCUCCCCUGGCUCUGUUGUUUUUUUCUCUUUACUCCUCUCAGGCCUGGUUUCUCUUUGCAUGCGCUGAUCUGUUCAUCUCUCUGCUCUUUCCUUCCUUCCCUUCUUCCUGUCGUUAUUUCGCUCUAGAAAACACUUUCUUUCCUUAUUCCUGUCGUUAUUUCGCUCUAGAAAACACUUUCCUUUCCUUCUUCCUGUCGUUAUUUCGCUCUAGAAAACACUUUCCUUCCUUCUUCCUGUCGUUAUUUCGCUCUAGAAAACACUUUCCUUUCCUUCUUCCUGUCGUUAUUUCGCUCUAGAAAACACUUUCCUUCUUCCUUCCUUUCGUUAUUUCGCUCUAGAAAACACUUUCCUUUCCUUCUUCCUUUCGUUAUUUCACUUUAGAAAACACUUUCUUUCUUCCUUUCUUUCGUUAUUUCGCUCUAGAAAACACUUCCCUUCCCUUGCUCAGGCUGCUCUGUUGCUUUUCUCCUCAUUCUCUUCCUCUUGUUCUUCAGUGAACUGAAAUGCUCUCGUUCCUCCUUUACUUCAUUUUGCACUUUAACACGUCUUCUUUUUAUCUUUCAAAUCUAUGCCUCUCUCUCCAUCUCUCCUCCUCCUCCUGUUUAUUCUCUUUUCUGUCUUUCUUUCUCUUUCCAUCCAGUUGCUUUACUGUUUAUUAUUUCAGUGUGGAGAAACUCUUAUCCUGUUUCUUUAUUCUUUUUUUUCUUCAUUAAUUUUUCAUGAGCUGCUGCUGUUGUACCCGAGUCACCUGUAUCCCAUGCGCCGUGUGUGUGUGUGUGUGUGUGUGUGUGUGUGUGUGUCACAGUGUGUAUUAUUUGAAUAAAGAGAUGUAUAAUUGUUCA